CCAGCACAGAAGAAGAACAUAUUGAAUACCUUUUGAAGUUGUUUCAACGACUAAGGAAAUAUCAGCUUCGCUUGAAUCCUAACAAAUGUACUUUUGGGGUUAGAUCUGGAAAACUCUUGGGGUUCAUUGUCAGCCAAAGAGGUAUUGAAGUAGAUCCCGACAAAGUCAGAGCUAUUCAAGAGAUGCCUGCACCAAAAACUGAAAAGCAAGUAAGAGGAUUUCUCGGACGAUUGAACUAUAUCUCCAGAUUUAUCUCUCAAAUGACUGCUACUUGUGGGCCAAUUUUCAAGCUUCUCCGCAAAGAUCAAGGGGUUGUAUGGACUGAAGAUUGCCAAAAAGCGUUCGACAGUAUCAAAGAGUACCUGUUAGAACCACCAAUAUUGAUUCCUCCAGUUGAAGGAAGACCAUUAAUCAUGUACCUUACUGUGUUGGAAGAAUCCAUGGGUUGUAUGCUUGGACAACAAGAUGAAACCGGUAAGAAGGAACAUGCCAUCUAUUACUUGAGUAAGAAAUUCACAGACUGUGAGUCUCGUUACUCCAUGCUCGAAAAAACAUGUUGUGCUUUGGCUUGGGCUUCAAAACGUCUCCGCCAGUACAUGAUCAACAAUACUACUUGGUUAAUCUCCAAAAUGGAUCCGAUCAAGUAUGUCUUUGAAAAGCCUGCCUUAACAGGAAGGAUUGCCCGAUGGCAAAUGCUGUUAUCCGAAUAUGACAUUGAAUACCGUGCUCAAAAAGCGGUCAAAGGAAGCAUUCUCGCCGAUCAUUUGGCGCAUCAACCAAUUAAUGAAUAUCAAUCUCUCAAGUUUGACUUUCCUGACGAAGAUGUCAUGUACUUGAAGAUGAAAGAUUGUGACGAACCAUUACCUGAAGAAGGUCCUGAUCCUGGAUCAAGAUGGGGCCUAAUUUUCGAUGGAGCAGUAAACGCUUAUGGCAAUGGAAUUGGGGCAAUCAUCAUCACUCCCAAGGGUACUCAUAUCCCGUUCUCCGCCAGAUUGCUAUUUGAUUGCACCAACAACAUCGCAGAAUAUGAAGCUUGUAUCAUGGGUCUCGAAGAAGCCAUUGAUUUAAGGAUCAAGAUCCUAGACAUAUAUGGAGAUUCAGCCCUCGUGAUCAACCAAAUCAAAGACAAGUGGGAAACUUAUCACCCUGGCUUGAUUCCCUACAGAGAUUAUGCAAGACGUCUGUUGACUUUCUUCAACAAGGUUGAAUUGCAUCAUAUACCUCGAGAUCAGAAUCGAAUGGCAGACGCCUUGGCUACUCUAUCUUCCAUGUUCAAAGUCAGUCACUGGAAUGAUGUGCCUAAAGUCAGAAUCACGCGCCUUGAAAGGCCCGCCUAUGUGUUUGCAACUGAAGCAGUCAUCGAUGAUAAACCGUGGUUCCACGACAUCAAACGCUUCCUUCAAACUCAAGAGUAUCCGCUUGGGGCAUCAAACAAAGAUAAGAAAACUCUAAGGAGACUUUCUGGCAGUUUCUUCCUGAAUGGAGAUGUGCUAUACAAAAGAAAUUUCGACAUGGUUUUGCUCAGAUGCGUGGACAGACACGAAGCGGUUGAUGGAUGUACUUUUCGGUUUAAGAUGGGCUCGCGCUCACACUUUGUUGAUAAACUAGUUUGGGUGAGUAUUUUUGGUCUUACCAUGACAGGUGAUGAGUUUCGUAUAGCGGAUGGUGAUUUUCCUGCAAAUUAUGAUCACAUGGCUUACAUGCGAUCAAUUCUCAAGGACCCAACAGUUCUUGACAAGCCAAAUGAAACCAUAACUGCAGGGCAUCUCAAGAGAAAUCCUAGACUUCUAAAUUGGAUUAUCUCAGUAUCAUUCGACCACGGUCGGGUGAAUACUCUAAGAUUGAAAGGAAUGAGAUAA